AUGGCGUGGUCGGCCCGCUGGGUGCUGUGCCUGUGCCUGGGAUGGGGCUGCCUGUGCCUGGCUCUGGGCGACGCGCCGCGGCCGCGCCGGCUCGGGCUGCGGCGCCGCUCCGCUCCGGGAGCCGUGCGGGCCGGCCGCGCCCGGGCCGCCGCAGGUGAGGACGGCGCGGGGCAGCGGCGGCCCGGGCGGCCGGCGGCGGCCGACAGAGUGGCGGAGCACAUGCUGCGGCUCUACGAGCAGUACCGUGACCCGCCGACACCGGCCGGGCCGUGGCUCCGCCGGGGAAACACGGUGCGCGGCUUCCGCCCGCUGCCCGCAGGGAGCCCUGAGGGCCAGGAGGUGUACGUUUUUAACCUGACAUCACUCACAGAGUCUGAAAAUGUCCUGUCAGCCUCAGUGUAUUAUUAUAUUGGUGAUCUGCUACAUGUGAAGUGGAACUGUUCCGAGCCCAGUGGCUGUUCCCAUCACCAGCACAGGAAACCUGAAAUUCAGAUACACCUUUCAGUUUGGACCUUUCCUUCAGCUGGGAGCCCGGCUCGGAGCCUGGGACAUUUCCUCAUCAAUGUCUCCUCUGCUUACCAGGAUGUCCUCUCCUGGCAGUGGAAGGACAUCACUCGGCUCCUGCACGAGGCAAAGCAAAACAACGAGCUGCUGAUCAGCGUUAAAAUGGAUCUGCCCGGCCAUCAUCCCUGGGAAAGGGCCUCUUCCUCCCACGAGCCCUACAUUCUGAUUUACGCCAACGAUUCCGCCAUCUCCGAGCCUGAGAGCGUCGUGUCCACUCUGCGAGGACACCGUCAUCCUCUGGCCAGGGCCCUUCCCAAGCCACAAGGCCACAGGAGGAGGAGACGCUCUGCGAACGUCCUGUUGCCGCUGCAGAACAACGAGCUCCCAGGAGCCCAGUACCAGUACGGGGAGGAGCAGAGCUGGGAGGGCACAAGGCCCUACAAGACCUUCCAGCCACAGCUGGCAGACAGGGCCAGGAGCAAGAAGAAGCAGAGGAAGAGCCAUCUGCAGAAGAGCCAGACUCUGCAGUUUGAUGAGCAGACACUGAAGAAGGCGAGGAGGAAGCAGUGGAACGAGCCCAGGAGCUGCGCCCGGCGCUACCUCAAGGUGGAUUUUGCAGACAUCGGCUGGAGCGAGUGGAUUAUUUCCCCCAAGUCCUUCGACGCCUAUUACUGCUCAGGAGAAUGCCAAUUCCCAAUUCCAAAGGCCAUGAAGCCAUCCAACCACGCCACCAUCCAGAGCAUUGUGAGAGCCGUCGGAGUCGUCCCCGGCAUCCCCGAGCCUUGCUGUGUUCCUGACAAAAUGUCUUCCCUCAGUAUCUUAUUCUUUGAUGAGAACAAGAACGUGGUUCUGAAGGUGUACCCCAACAUGACAGUGGAGUCCUGUGCGUGCAGAUAACGCCUUGGGAGGCUGUGGGCAAUGCCAGGGUGAGGGCUUGCUGUCUGGGGAAGGGGUGGGCAGGAGUCUCAUCAUACCUGCUUCGUGUUUGCACUGCCAUGCAUCUCCUUUGGACAAGAAAAUGUAAAGAAAUCCAAUCAGUGAGAGUGGAAGCAGGAUGGUUUCCGAACAGCGAUUCCAGGGGAAGUGAAGACAAACUUCAUUUGUCUAUGAUUCUGACCAAGAGGCAAGGCUUGGGAAUGGCACCUGACUGUACCUGUUGGAAGUGAGAGGGGAAGGAAGGAUCUGUAGAUUUUUGAGACUGCCCAAAGGACAUAAUGAUCUAUUUGUGUACAAGAUUUUGGAAGCAGCACAGGCUGGUACUUCCUAUCUCUGUUCUAAUGGUGACUAACGGCGAGGGGAGGUUAGAAAUGUAGUAGUCUUCAUUUUAAAGCUAAGUUUCUUGCCAUAGGUUUUAGAGUAGUACAAGGCAGCAAAACAAAUCUGACAUCCUGAAAGCCGUAGGUAAGCCCAGGGCACCGUGCAUCUCCUUGCUAGGAGGUUACCCACCUUGUGUGCGAGUUUCUUUCCCCUGACAGUGCUCUGUAAUUGAGCCCUUGGGAGCUCAGCAGCCCCGGGCACUGGAGCUCCAAGCAGCCCUGCUGAGGGCAUCCCUCUGAAUUCUGCUAUGGACACUCAGCAGGCCAGGGCUGUGGAAAUGCCACCCUCAGUCAGGUGGCUGAAUGACUUGUUCACCUCACCUCAAGUUCUAGAACAGUCUUCCAAAUAAUCUGUGGGCUGCCUGCCUGCAAGGGCGCUGUGGCCAGGCUGUGCAGUGGCCUCUACUCCCAAGUAACAAGUGACAGGACCAGGGGUCACAGCCUCCAGCUGCACCAGGGAAGGGUCAGGCUGGACAUUAGGAAGAAUUUCUUCAUGGAGAGGAUGGUCAGGCAGUGGAAGGGGCUGCCCAGCGAGGUGCUGGAGUCACCCUCCAUGGAGCUGUUCAGGAAAGGGGCACUCAGUGCUCUGAUUCAGCUGGCAAGGUGGUGAUUGGGUUCUUCCAUCCUCGGGGGCCUCUGAACUCAUCAGCAGCAGGGUGUCACUCCUGGGGCAGGGCUGGUCCCAGAGAUUGGCACCCUCAGCUGAGGAGAGGCUUGUGAGUUUGCAGGAUGGGUUUAGUGGCUCCUUCUUCCUUCUAAAAGCCCAGCAUUUUUAAAUGUUUUCUGGGGAAAGGUUUAUCUGUGUACAGACUGUCAAUUUAAAAAAGUGAAAAUCACCCCCAAGAAAGAAAAGUUAUUUUGUAUAUGGAAUGAAACUUUUACAGAUGCUUCUAAUUUAUUUUGUAUCCAUGGCCCUCCUAAUGUGUCCUCCUUUAUCUCAGCACUCUUCAAGCCGUGCAGUUUUCUCUGUCAGUGCAAAGAUGAGCUGCCAGGACUGUAGGGGAGCUCCAAAGGACAGGAGCACCCGCAGGGUGAAGGGCAUGUUUCACUGCUGAUGGAUAAGCCUGUCUGCUCUGUAUUGUUUUCCUCCAGUCAUGUGGACGUUGUGCUCGGAAUUCCGGAGAAGCGGAAAAUAA